CCGCCUCGUUUUCUAUUUAAAGAGACGAAGCAAAUGUUAAGAACGAAAAAUCUAAGCGAGCCGAUAGAAUCCUGCAAAAGCGUCAGAAGGAGCCCAAGAAAGACGCAUCCGGAACCCUCCUCUGACGCCAUCGGAGCUUCCCCCCUGAUCGCCUUCGUGGAUCGCGAUGUAUUAUUUUGAGUACGGGGAAUGAGGGGUUGCUUUCGAUUUUGGUGUGCUUGGUUGUUUAGUCGAGGGGGAGUAGCUGGAGUUCGUCGGCAUGACCGUGAAUUACUUGUACGCAUCUGCCAUCAGCACAGUGAUCAGCCUUGUGGGUUUGCAAUGGUGGACGGUGUCGCUGCUUGAUGGGAUGAAAUCUGAUGACUUGGUUGAUGAGAAUGAGGUUGGCUCAAGGAGCGUGGAGCCAGCACUGGCACUACUCUUGGGCUCGCGUGUUACCAUCGCUUUGUUGGCGAGUUUUGUGCUUAAUGUGUUCGUUCUUGUCAUCUUGUGCCUUAAGACUAUAUUCUUUGUGCAGUUAUAUCCUUCAGAGACUCGAAAAGUACUGGAACGCCUUAUUAAUUAUCUAAUUUACAAGGGAACUUUUCUUCCACUGGUUGUACCACCUAAUAUGUUUCAAGUGGUCCUGUGGUCUGGUUGGCUGGUGUUUCUUUGUUGCCUGAAGAUGUUCCAAUCAUUGGCCAGAGAUCGGCUUGAGCAGUUAAACGCAUCCCCCGCUGCAACACCUUCGAAAUACUUUCGCGUUUUUUCUGCCUUUUUGUUUGUUCUAUUUGCGGACCUCCUGUGGUUAAAGCUGUGUAUGGCAAUCUACAAAUCAUCCAGUUCUAGUUUAUUUGUUCUCUUGUUCUUCGAGCCUCUCAGUGUUGUUUUUGAGACAUUACAGGCUAUCAUAGUACAUGGGUUUCAGUUGCUUGAGAUUUGGCAACGGCAUUCCAUUGAUAGUAGUGGUGAUUGCUUGGGCUCCGAUACUUCUUACAAGACAGCGGCAGGUUCUUUGUCCGAAUGGAAGGGAAUUCUCAUUCGAAAUUGCGGUUUUCUCCUAGAGAUGAUGGCUUUUUUAACAGCAGUUGGUCAUUAUUUGAUCAUUUGGUGGCUUCGUGGCAUGGCAUUUCAUCUAGUGGAUGCAGUCCUUUUCCUAAACUUGCGUGCUCUCGUAAGUGCAAUUGUGAAGCGGGGCAGGGCAUAUAUCAAGUUAAGAAAGGCAUUAAGUUCUCUCAAUGGAGCUCUUCCUGAUGCUACAUUUGAAGAGAUUUGUGCAUUCAAUGAUGAAUGUGCUAUCUGCAGAGAACCAAUGGCCAGGGCGAAAAAGCUAUCAUGCAAUCACCUUUUUCAUCUUGCGUGCUUGAGGUCUUGGUUAGAUCAGGGCUUAACUGAAGUAUAUUCUUGUCCUACAUGUCGAAGGCCUCUUUUUCCAUCUGGUACUCAAAAUAGCACCAGCUCUGCUACAGGAGAGCCUGCCAGUGUUGGGCAACUUGCCGAGCAGUUAAAUUUGGGAUUAUUGAACCCACAAAGAAUAUCUGGACAUGCACCACCUUUUGGGGCAUUUCCUAACCUGCAACAGAAUCCUUCUGAUACAAUGUGGAGGGAAGUUGGUUUUGAUUCCGGUUGGGUGCCUCCGUGGCUAAAUCAAGGAAUGGAUGUUGCUGGUACAUCCAGUGGAAUCAGGUCAGGUGGGCUUAAUGGAGUCCAGAUGAUGAUGAGGCAGCUGACAUCUGUCAGUGAUAACUAUGCUCAUGGUUCAUUAGAUGAUGCUGCUUGGAUCUUGUGGCGUAAUCAGCAUGCUUCGGGUACCUCUGUUCCUCCAUCCUCUUCCCUCAGGUACACCAGAAAUACAGCUGGCCUCCAGUUUAGAAACGCUACACCCACUGGAAAUGGGAACACGUCAGAGAUACUUGCCAUGGUCGAUAGAGUGCGAGAAGUUUUGCCCCACAUACCUGAUGAACUAAUUAUUCAGGACUUGUUACGGACCAACAACAUAAACAUUACCGUGAAUAAUCUUCUUCUAGUUCAAUAGUAGCCCAAACAUUCCCAUUACGUAUAUAUGCUUUUUAUUAACAUAUCACAGUGUCUGCAAGUAUUGUAUAUUAGAAGCAACGGAGAGAGGUGAAUUAUGGUGUCAAAUUAAUUCUAUAACCGUUCACUCCUGCUAACGCCUAAUCAAUCAUGUUUCUGGCCUAUCGCUCUUAUCCCUUCGAUCUGUGUAGAUAAUCUAUGCCCACAAACAUGUAUAAUAAAACUUGCACCUGAUGUUAAUAAGCUGUGCAAAAUCAGUAUUUGCCAUUCAAAUCUUCUUUUUAAUCAUGUUUUCAUUGUUAAAAA